AUUUAUAUUUAUUAGGAGCCCAGGGAUUCAAAAUGCUUUGGUGCAUUCAAGAUGUAUGAUUGGAGCCAAUGUUAGAGAUGCAAUGGAAGACGAAUUUUCUUAUGUUGUAUCAAUUUCUCGUAUUGAUUUAGAAGAUGCGAGUAAGCCCAAUGAACAUUUCUGUACAGGAACACUUAUUACGCGGCAGGAUGUCUUGACUUCGGCACAUUGUAUGGAAAGCGAAGCACUGUCUACAACUUUGGUAAUUGUUGGGUCGAUUAAUUUAACGGAAGGUAUCACGUAUAAGCCAUUAUGGUGGAUAACUUAUAAUCUGUGGACUGAUAUGAAGGAAAUGCAACGAAAAUUUACAAAUAAUGAUAUUGGCAAUUUAAGGUUAUAUCAUGAAGUACCCGAAGAGAUCGUACCAGCUUCCAUAAUGCAGAUGCCAAAUUCCAAUUUUUAUGGAUUAAAUGUUCAAAUUGCAUCGUGGGGUGACAGAGAGGAUGGUGUAACUCCUAUAAAUAUGAAAACAGUUAUAUUAAAUAUCUUAUCAAACACUGAAUGCGAAAGUAGGAUUAAAGGACUUUGCGGACAAGAUGUUCCAAUCAAAGAAAAUCGCUUAUGUGCUGUUGCGGAUCCAUUUGCUUUGAUGUACAGAGGUGACAGUGGUGCUCCACUUUUAUAUAUGGGAUCAGUAAUAGCUAUUCAUGAGGCAACGAUUCCACUAUUUGAUGAACCUUUUCAUCCAGAAAAUGUAAAUGUUAAUAUUGAUAUUAGUUAUUAUUUGAACUUUAUAAUUGCUGUAACUAAUACAAAUUUUAGAUACUCGUAA